GUCAUUCGAAUAGAAUAAUCACUAAUCAAUUUACGCUUUUAGCCGUCACCUCUGAAUCUUCUUCUCCGAUAUUUUUCAACAUUCCGGCCGCCGCAUCCAACCGUCACCGAGUUCGUAGCAGUUACAAUGUCUUCCUCAAUGAAUGUAGCGACGAUGCAACCUCUGACUUUCUCUCGCCGGCUUGUCCCUUCUGUGGCUUCUCGCUAUCUCUCUUCUUCUUCUGUGACCGUUACUGGAUAUUCCGGUAGAAGCUCGGCUUACGCACCUUCUUUCCCUUCGAUUAAAUGCGUCUCUGUUUCUCCGGAAGCUUCAAUAGUAAGUGAUACAAAGAAGUUGGCAGAUGCUUCUAAGAGCACAAACCUUAUACCAAUUUUCCGCUGUAUAUUCUCUGAUCAGCUUACUCCGGUUCUUGCUUACCGUUGUUUGGUUAAAGAAGAUGACCGUGAAGCUCCUAGCUUUCUUUUCGAGUCCGUUGAGCCAGGUUCUCAGAUGUCAAGCGUUGGUCGUUAUAGCGUUGUUGGGGCUCAACCUGCCAUGGAGAUCGUAGCAAAGGAGAAUAAAGUUAUUGUAAUGGAUCACACAAAGGAAACCAUGACUGAGGAAUAUGUCGAAGAUCCAAUGGAGAUCCCAAGAAAAAUCUCUGAGAAAUGGAAUCCUGAUCCUCAACUAGUUCAGGACCUUCCAGAUGCCUUUUGUGGUGGGUGGGUUGGUUUUUUCUCGUACGACACGGUUCGUUACGUUGAGAAGAGGAAAUUGCCAUUUUCAAAGGCCCCUGAGGAUGAUAGGAACUUGCCAGACAUGCAUCUUGGUCUGUACGACGAUGUAGUUGUAUUUGAUCACGUGGAAAAGAAAGCGUAUGUCAUUCACUGGAUUAGACUAGAUGGGAGCCUUCCUUACGAAAAGGCAUACAGUAAUGGAAUGCAACAUUUGGAGAACUUGGUGGCCAAGUUACACGAUAUUGAGCCGCCAAAACUGGCUGCAGGUAAUGUGAAUCUUCAGACACGACAAUUUGGGCCGUCUUUGGAUAAUUCAAACGUGACAUGCGAAGAGUACAAGGAGGCUGUGGUCAAGGCCAAAGAACAUAUACUUGCAGGAGACAUAUUCCAGAUCGUGCUGAGCCAACGUUUUGAGCGGCGAACAUUUGCAGACCCCUUUGAAGUUUAUAGAGCACUAAGAGUUGUGAAUCCAAGUCCGUAUAUGGGUUAUUUGCAGGCUAGAGGAUGUAUUUUGGUAGCAUCAAGUCCCGAAAUUCUCACCAAAGUAAAGCAGAACAAGAUAGUGAAUCGGCCAUUGGCAGGAACCAGCAAGAGAGGGAAGAAUGAAGUUGAGGAUAAGAGAUUAGAGAAGGAGCUGCUAGAGAAUGAAAAGCAAUGUGCUGAGCACAUCAUGUUGGUUGAUCUCGGUCGUAACGAUGUUGGAAAGGUUGCGAAAUACGGUUCAGUGAAAGUAGAGAAGCUUAUGAACAUCGAACGUUAUUCCCAUGUUAUGCAUAUAAGUUCAACCGUGACAGGAGAGUUACAAGAUGAUUUGACUUGCUGGGACACACUACGCGCGGCUUUACCAGUGGGAACAGUUAGUGGUGCACCUAAGGUCAAAGCCAUGGAACUAAUCGAUGAGCUAGAGCCAACAAGGCGUGGACCAUACAGUGGUGGUUUUGGUGGAGUCUCCUUCACUGGUGACAUGGACAUUGCCUUAUCCCUUAGGACAAUUGUUUUCCCGACAGCAUGUCAAUACAAUACAAUGUACUCUUACAAGGAUGCUAACAAACGGCGUGAGUGGGUGGCUUAUCUUCAAGCUGGAGCUGGUGUAGUAGCUGAUAGUGACCCGCAAGACGAACACUGUGAGUGCCAGAACAAAGCCGCUGGUCUUGCUCGAGCCAUCGACUUGGCUGAAUCUGCAUUUGUUAAAAAAUGAAUGUGCCCAAGAACAGAGAGGCUUUCUUUGUAACUCCGAGUUCAUGUGUAUAAAACAGUUGCAAGCAG